GCCACGUUGAGUGUCGCCAUUUUCAUCAACAGGCCGGUUUGUAGAUAGAGCGACGAAGGUUCUGACGUGUUAAUUAUAGCUUUAAAUAUUUUCUGCAUCAUGGAAUAUCUAAAGACGAUAUCGGUGCUUGUUGCCGUCCUCAUCAAUGUCGUCCUAGGCACAGAGCUGACCUUUGAGCUGCCCGACAACGAACGACAGUGCUUUUUCGAAAAAAUCGACAAAGGCGUCAAAAGCACACUCGAAUUCCAGGUAAUCACUGGUGGUCAGUAUGACGUGGACAUGGAGUUAACUGCCCCCAACGGUCAGAUUCUGUACAAAGAUGUGAAGAAACAGUACGACAGUUUCACCUGGACCCCAGAUCUUGGCGGCAUCUACAAGUUCUGCUUUAGUAACGAGUUCUCCACCUUCUCACACAAAGUCGUUUACUUCGACCUCGAGGUCGGAGAGGAGAAGCCCAUUGUUGAGGACGCAAAUGCACAUGCAACUGCCAUGACUUUGAUGGAAUCAUCAGCUUACUCUGUCCACGAGUCUCUCAAAUAUGUCAGAAACGAACAGAACCACUUCAAGCUGCGUGAAGCCACAGGACGUCUGUACGCCGAAUCUCUGAAUGAACGGGUCUCCUACUGGUCAAUGGGCCAGGCCGUCAUUAUUCUCCUUAUAGGGGUUGGGCAGGUGGCCGUUCUUCGUAGCUUCUUUUCUGAAAAGAAGCCAACGUCAAUGCCUGUGAUGUCAUAAUAGGGAUGUGAUUGUUGAUUUUUUGAAAAGGCGGUGAAAUAACAUUUUCCAUCAGUCUGAAAAUUAGGAGAUUUUUGAAAAUCUUAGGUAGUGUAACAGAUCUUUAAUAUUAAUUAAUGUGAUUAAAAAAUAAAAUGUCAGAAUUGUACAUGUUAGAAUCAGGAGAAUUGUCAUUAACUCUUGGAAAUUUUGAUAUCAGUUGCCUCCCUUUUUUCUCAAGGGAGAUAACUCCUUAGGAAUGUCGUUGUUUUGAGAGGAGAAAGAUAUUUGUUUUGACACAAACUUAAUAACAGUGAAGCAUGAAACUGAGUAAUGCAUAUCAAAUAUUUUGACACUUUUAACUUUCUGAUGGAAAAUAUGUGUUUUGCCCCUGUUAACUUUGGAAAACCGUAUUCUACCUUUUGAAUCAAAAGUGGUAUUAUUUCUUAAGUGUGGUACUGUUGUAAAUCCAAAUGUUCUUGAUGUAUUUAAUUACAUGUAUAAAUAAUAUUCCUUUGACUUUUCUUUUGAUGUGCUGGGUUGUACAUUUUCCAACUUUGUUAAAAUGUUAUAAAACAUUACUGGAAACUCAUUAGUUACCUGUCAGAGGGGUUUUCAGAAGGUGCUGUGACUCUAUUACCCUUGUAUCCAAGGCAACACUUUUAUUUUGUGGUCUAUGGAUUCAACCAACCAGUGAAAAAAAAAACAGUCUGUGUGACAAUAACAUCUUUGAUUAGAAAUAAAAAUGAGAAGAUUGGGCAAAAAUCAUACAAAAUUCAGGAAACAAAGUUUUUGAGGGGAGUGAAUUGAUCAAAUACAUUGUAUGCAGAGUCAGACCAUUGCAAUCCUCAUUAAUGUUGCAACACACCGCCUUCCGAUUGCAUUAGCCCUUGGACAUGUUUUUAGAAGAGCAAAUACUAAUGGUUAAAUCAAUAUCAGUAUUUAGAAUAUUUGAUAUGAAACUAUGUGAGCAACACAGUUGGUUUUUCAAUAUCGGACCCCAACCCUCCAACAACAAAAAAAGCCAAACAAUCCAUACACCAUGAAAUAAAGUGUGACUGCAUCACAUGCUGCUUGAACAACUGAUCUGAUCAUGUAUUGUACUGAAAUUUGAAAAUUGACGUCUAAAAAGUUAUUGCCUUUAUUUCAACUUAGAAUAACAUCAGCUUCUCUUGGCAUGUUAUUUGAUAAGAGAAUGUGGUCAUUUGUAAAGAACUGAGAUCAUAGUAUCCUGUGAUUGUCUGUGUGAGAUCAGCUGGAGUUUGUUUUAACGUUCUGGAAGGCUGGAGUUUAUUUGGAGUCAUUAGAUCAAGCAUUUGUUUGUCACUGUCACCGUUUUGUACAAAGAACCAUCCAAAUCAAAUGUCUUGUAAAUAAAACAUUAUAAACAU